AUUUUCCGUUUCGUCCAACUCUCGUAGCCAUCUCGCUUCACUAUGACCAAGGUGUACCUCCUCUCACGCACACUUGACCCUCUUCUCGCCGUUUUCACCGGUCUCUUCGCCUUUCACCUCAACCAGAACAAUCCCCGGACAGCGCCUCCUCCCGGCCACACAUUGCAAGAGCUUCUGAAAUGGAAGUGGGCAGAAUCUAAGAAGAUUAGGGAGGCUAGGGAUAAGGAGGCAUCGGAAGAAUGGGAGAAUGUGACGAGGGAGCUUGUGGGAGAAACUUCUGUCGAGGAGGCUAAGAGAUGAUGGCAAUUGCAAAAGCCAGCAAAAUCAGGAUCACAAUAGUGACCAGACGUCAAACCGUGUAUUUUAAGGCACCAACAAGGCUUUGAUCGAACUUUACAUGUCAUACAAAGCAGCAAUAUUGUGAUGAGCAACAGGGAAGAGAGAAACUAUGCAUUCAUAACAACCUAA